GUCGUGCCAGUUAAAAAUCCCUCGAAAAAAUGCCUGAAAUAACAAAAUAAUCCGCGACAAAGUGCACAUCGCUGUCAUUAGGACAUAAAUUUUGCGAAAAUUGUCAGGAAAAAGCUCAAAAAUCGUGCAAAAUACUUGAAAACUUCGCAUUACAAGUCUCCGACUGUGUGUGAAAAAUUUUUUCAGGGCACCACAAAAGCCACAAAAAUGAACAAUAUUUCGGCGUACAACAAUUCGGGACACGGCUCCAACUCCGCCGCCGAAGGAUCUUCGUUGGAACGUGGAAGUUGCCUCCUGCGAUAUGCGAGCCAAAACUCCCUCGACGAGAGUUCCCAGAAGCAAAUUCCGCGCCAAAACAUCCGCGAACGUGGAUCUCUCGACGCUUAUCGCAACAACGAUCACACAUCCCGCGCUUUCGACAUCAUGAACAGCAUGCGGCGCGAAAAUUUGCUUUGCGACGUCAUCUUAGUUGCUGAAGAUGUUGAAAUCCCGGCGCACAAAAUGGUCCUCGCUGCAUGCAGUCAAUAUUUUUACGCCAUGUUUACGGGAUUCGAGGAAUCGCGUCAAGACAAGAUCACGUUGCAAGGUGUCGAUCAUCAAGCGCUGCGAUUACUCGUCGAAUAUGUCUACACGUCAGUUGUCGAUGUGACAGAAGAAAAUGUUCAAGCUUUGUUGACGGCGGCAAAUUUGCUCCAAUUAACGGAAGUUCGGGACGCUUGCUGUAAAUAUCUCGAAACGCAACUUGAUCCCACGAAUUGUUUGGGAAUUCGUAAUUUUGCGGAUAUUCAUGGAUGUCUCGAGUUGUUGAACUACACGGAUAAUUAUGUCGAGCAACAUUUUUCGGAAAUUGUUCAAUACGAUGAAUUUCUGAAUUUGACGCAUCAACAAGUGCUGAACCUCAUUAAAAGUGAUCGUUUGUGCGUUCCGUCGGAAGAAAAGGUCUUUGAAAGCGUCAUCACGUGGAUUGAGUACAACGCCAACGAACGACGUCAAUAUUUGGCUUCGUUAAUGGAAAAUGUUCGUUUGCCGCUUCUCACACAAGAUUAUCUCGUGCAACGUGUCGAAAAAGAGCCACUUUUCAAGGAGGAUCUGCUGUGCAAAGAUUACUACAUCGAAGCCCUCAAAUAUCAUCUUUUGAAAGGCGAACAAAAAUUGGCUUUUAAAACCCCGCGAACUGUUCCGCGAGCUCCUGUGGGCCUCCCAAAAGUUCUUUUAGUCAUCGGCGGACAAGCUCCGAAGGCGAUUCGGUCUGUCGAAUGUUACGAUUUGCGCGAGGAACGAUGGUUUCAAGCAGCGGAAAUGCCUUCGCGACGCUGUCGAGCUGGACUGGCAGUGUUGGGAGACAAAGUUUACGCUGUUGGCGGGUUUAACGGGUCGUUGCGCGUGAAAACUGUCGAUGUUUAUUCGCCGUCACGCGAUCAAUGGACAACUUGUACGAAUAUGGAGGCGAGACGAAGUACGUUGGGCGUUGCAGUAUUAAAUGGAUGUAUUUAUGCCGUUGGAGGAUUCGAUGGAUCUACGGGAUUGAGUUCGGCGGAGAUGUAUGAUCCAGCAACUGAAAAAUGGAUAAUGAUCGCUCCAAUGUCAACGAGACGCAGCAGUGUCGGAGUCGGUGUCGUAAAUGGCUUGCUUUACGCCGUUGGAGGUUACGAUGGCGCUUCAAGACAGUGUCUCGCUUCCGUCGAACGUUACGAUCAAGCCACAAACGUAUGGAAAGUUGUCAGUGAAAUGUCAGCACGUCGUUCGGGAGCUGGCGUCGGAGUUCUCGACAACUUAUUAUACGCCGUUGGAGGUCACGACGGUCCUCUUGUGCGAAAAAGUGUCGAAGCAUACAACCCCGAAACAGAUUCGUGGCAUUCUGUCGCCGAUAUGCACUUUUGUCGUCGAAACGCGGGCGUCGUUUCGCAUUGCGGGCAACUUUAUGUCAUCGGAGGCGAUGAUGGCACAAGUAAUUUAGCCUCCGUCGAAGUUUAUUGCCCCGAAAGUGACACUUGGCGAAUUUUGCCGGCAUCGAUGAGUAUCGGACGCAGUUACGCCGGCGUUUGCAUGAUCGAUAAACCGAUGUGAAAUGGACUGCAGGGCGCGAUUCAACAUGGUAUGGCGACGAACGACGACGAGAACAGUCAGGCCGAAGGUAUCCAGCAGCAGCAGCAGCAAGAAGGAGCUGUUGGCGGAGGGCCAGCAGUACAAAGUAGUACAAGUAGCAACUGUAGCAACAAUAACAAUAAUAGUAGCGCUCAUUACGAAAAUUUAUACGAAUCUGUUGAACCAUAUCAUGCUAUCGCCCCUGCACAAUCGCAAAACCAGCAACAACCGCAACAACCACAAAACGCUCAACCGUACCAUCCGCUCGCUUAUCGCAACGAAUUAUACGAUCGCGGCACAUAUGACGUCCCUCGCAAGCAACGCCCGCAGCAAAAUCCCGACGUAAAUCGUGUUCGUUACGCGAAUUUCCCGCGAAAUGCUCGACGACAACGAAGUUUUGAUGAUACCGAGUCGUAUCAAUAUGCUCCGUAUCCCAUUGAUGCUGUGCGUUAUGAAAAUAUGUAUGAACGGGUGCGCGAAGAAGAACCGGAAUACCAAAAUACGAAUCGUUAUGGAAGACUUGAUGUCAUUGGACAUGGAGUUGGGCGCAUUGAACGUCAUCUCUCAUCGAGUUGCGGAAAUAUCGAUCAUUAUUCGCUCGGAGGACAUUACGCAGUGCUUGGGCAUUCGCAUUUGGGCACUGUAGGACACAUAAGACUCAAUCCGGGAGGCGCACAAAAUAAUUCGAAGGAUUCUUCGUCGGCAAAAUCGUUCUUUAGCUGUUUGGGCGGCGAGAAUUCACAAUCUAUGACGAAUAUUGAUAGAGCUGGAAACGAAGCAACUCAAAGCACUCCAUCAGGCACUUACGCAUCAAUUCGCCCCAAUUCCGGCGCAAUCCCCAAACAAAGUCGCAAACAAGCACAAAAACAACAACAAAACUCCCGUUCAGUGUACGAUACGCCAUCGACAUCCGCAGCAUCUGCCUCAUCUGGAACAUCAUCAGCUGCGACAACAACUGCCAACGUGACAUCCAAUCAGGCGCAUCACAAUCCCGGAACGCUAAACCGAAUCUCAAAAUCGUCGCUGCAAUGGUUGCUCGUGAACAAAUGGCUUCCAUUGUGGGCUGGCGAAGGUCCCGAUUACAAAAUAAUCGACUUUAACUUCAUGUUUUCGCGCAAAUGCGACGGUUGCGAUGAACAACACGCAGGCAGCGGCGCCAAUCAGGGUCUUUUGCGUUUCCAGGGACAAGCGGAGAUGCGAAAUGGCGAAAUGAGACCUCAUAUUUACGAUUGCAUCGACACAAUUCCGCCGCCACGCGAAUAUCCAACGAUGAACGGGCCGUAUCCGCGUGUCAUUCGUCCUGUGCCGCAGCAACUUUCGCGCUUAAAUGAGUCCAGUGAGCUUUAUGAUCGUCCCAGAUGCCGAGAUUUUCAAGCAAGGCGCAAUGUUUUCGAUAAUUCCGCUGAAGAAGAUGCCGCGCCGGAGAAUUAUCAUCACGAUCCCUUCAGAAAUUGGGCUUUUAACUUUGAUGACAACACUUUUCGACCUGCGGGACGAGUUGGCGACACAAAUCGAGCACCUCGAGAAAUUCGUCGAAUCACUGAUGGCACAUUUCCGAAAGAUCCCUCGCCUCCAGCAGCAAAUCCCGAACCAAUUCCGAGCACAUCGCGCACUGAAUCGGAUUCUGCUUGUUCAUCGCAAUCAGGAUCGGUGUCAAGUGUCGUGCAAUUGCCCGUAAAUUCGGAAAAAACAGCGGUAAAUGUGCAUCAGGAACAACAAAACGAGAACACGGAAAGUUAUGCAUCGAAUCCACGCAGCAACAGCAGCCAUAGCUCGAGCAGCAACGAAAAUGACGAUGACAGAUCAUCUAUCGUCAUGUCCGAUAAUGAUCAGUAAAAAAUUCGCAACUUAAAUCUUGACGUGUCAAAUUUUAUAGAAAUUUUUUCCUGAAAAAAAUGGAGUUUUAUUCAAAUAUUUCAUGAGAUAAUCACACAAAAAAAUGAACGAAGCUUGCUGAUAAUUUUCUUUUUUUAUUAUCUCACGCAAUGUCAUGUAUUUAACCACUUUUAACAAAAAAAAUAAUAAUUUUUAUGGAAAUUUGACUGAAACCCUUAAAAAAUUUUUAAAAAAAGGAUUCAGUCAAAAAUUUUGGACUGUUACGAUGUAGAAUUGAAUUAAUUAAAAUAAAAAAUUAGAGUGAUAAAUACAAUAAAUUUUAAGCACAAAUCCCAACCCCAAAUAAAAUAAUAAAAUAAAUUAAUAAUUACCCAUAAAAAUCUCCCAAAAUAUCAAUAAUAAUUAAUAUACACAAAAAAAAUGUAGAUAGAAAAAAUUUGGAACUCAUAUUAAUUAAAAAAAAAUAAUUAAUUAAUAUUAAACAUAAAUGUCAAAUUAUUCGUAAACAAAAACUGAUUACUGAAAUUUUAUUGAAUUUUUAAUUUUUUUAUUACCUGACUUAAUCCGUCUUUUUAUCUUUCAUUUUUAAAUAUUUUUUUUAAUUCAAAAAAAUUUUAAAAAAUAUUUUUAAUUUUAUUAUUUUAAUUUUUUGUAAUAAAAUAAUUAAUUUAUGGACCCAAUUUUAAUAUUUUGUUAAAAAAAAGACCUUUUAUAAGCAUUUUAA